AUGAUUGACGCAAUGAUCAAGACCCCAGGUAGCCGACUAUCGCAAUAUCGCAACAUCGUAAUAUUCGAAAAGCGCAACAUUCGAGAUAGGAUCAGCGGCCGGGUCGCCGGCGCGAGCAGGCUCGUCGCAAGUCCGGACUCCCAGGCGACAUUCCAGGGCAGCGGUUCGUACGUCGUGUUCGACUGGGGAAGGAGCCCGCUCAAGUUGGACGACUCGUGCCAGCCCGCACGGCUGCAGAACUGGGACAGAAUCCAGACGUUCCACGUGCCGCGAGCCACGGGGCUGCUGACGCAGACCGUGGGACAGCAGCGCGGCGGGUUCCGCUUCCUGACGAUUGUGAGUGCGAGCGCGGACCCGCUGACGAUCUCGAACAUCUCGCUGGCGAUCACGUUCAUGCCCCACUGGGAUGAUCUCAGGGCGUACCCGGGCUACUUCUUUGCACCUGACCCCGGGUUCCACGACAUCGACUUCCUCACGAAGAUCUGGCACUAUAGGGUGCAGACCAACACAAUCCCUCCCCACACGGCGCGACAGGAGCCGUGCCCAGCAGGAGGUGGCUGGUCCAACGAUGCCUUGGGAGGAGCUGCCACUGGGCCUAUCCUCGUCGAUGGUGCAAAACGCGACAGGAACAUCUGGCCAGGCGACUGCGGCAUCUCCACACACACGGAGCUCGUCGCGCUGAGCGACAUGGAGCCGACCAAGAACUCGUUGAUGGUGAUGUUCCGCACGCAAAACCUGACGACUGGCGCGCUGCAGUACUCCGGGCCGCCGCUGAACAACCAGGGAAGCGACACGUACAUCUCGUGGUCGCUCAUUGGGACGCACAACUACUUCCUGUACACGGGCGACCUCGAUUUCAUCAAGUCUGUCUGGGCGAACUACACCAAGGCGGUUGGCUUCCUUGAGGGCCAGGUGGACUUGACCGGCCUGAUGAACGUCUCGUCUGCGCUCUCGAACGACUGGGGCAGGGCCAGCGGCGCCGGACACAACUCUGCGGCAAACGCGUUGCUUUAUCGCGUGAGGAUUGAUUUCUGUCUCUCGCAUCAUGUAUCCGCGCUCAUCAAGCUCGUAGACGCUCGUCACCACGGCGGACCUGGCGACGCAUCUCGGCAAUGUCUCCCUCCCCGCCACAUACCUCGCCAACGCGACCAAGAUCAAAACUGCGUUCAACAGCCUGCUGUGGGACGCCGCGGCGGGCCGGUUCCGCAGCAACGACCUGCCGAGGAGCAUCCACCCGCAGGACGGCAACGCGCUCGCGGUCCUGUACAACCUCACGACAUCGGACGCACAGAACAAGGCCGUGAGCGCCGGGCUGAUGAAGUUCUGGACGCCCAUCAGGCCGUGGCUUCGAGGUGCGUGUUGCGCUGGUGGUUUGUGGUUUGCGUGUCACCUGCGCGACAGAUCCAAGCGCAUUUUGUGGCCGGCAAGGGCGAGCGGGCAAUUGAUCUGAUCGAGCGCGAGUGGGGGUACAUGCUGGAAACCAACUUGAGUGUCAAGUCGCCGCUGCUAGAGGGCUUCUCGGCCAACGGAUCGCUCGGGUGCGUGUCGUAUCAAUCAGCUGCGGCAAGCUUGGCCAACAAAACCAUCGCUCCCGACGGUAUACCCCGCGCCGCUGUGCUCGCUGGAGGAACUUUCCCUGGCCCGCUCGUCACAGGAAACAUUGGCGACAACUUCCAGCUCACGGUCGUCGAUCAGCAGCAGGACAACCGCAUGCUCGAGCCCACGUCAAUUCACUGGCAUGGACUGUUUCAAAACGGAACCAACUACAUGGACGGGCCGUCUUUCAUCAAUCAGUGUCCUAUCUCGCCCGGGAACUCGUUCACAUAUGAUUUCACUUCCCAACAAUCUGGAACGUUCUGGUAUCACUCGCACCUUGCUACUCAAUACUGCGAUGGUCUGCGUGGCGCGAUGGUCAUCUACGAUCCCAACGACGCAUACCUUUCAGAGUACGACGUCGACGACGAGUCCACGGUCAUCAACCUCGCCGACUGGUACAACGUUUUCGCUGAGACCGUGACGGGUGCUGCAACGCCAUCUUCCAUGCUCAUCAACGGUCUUGGACGCACUGCUGCUACACUAUCGAACACGACCCUGGCUGUGAUCAACGUCAAGCAAGGCUUGCGCUACCGCUUCCGUCUGGUGAACACCGCUUGCGACUCGAACUACGUAUUCCAAAUCGACGGCCACAAGAAUCUCACCAUCAUCGAGGCAGACGGUAUCCUCCACGAGCCAUUGAGCGUCGACUCGAUUCAGAUCUAUGCGGCCCAACGGUAUUCGUUCAUCAUGACUGCUGACCAAGCUGUCAACAACUACUGGAUUCGCGCGAACCCGAACAACGGUCCCACUGGUUUCAUCGGGGGUAUCAACUCUGCGAUUCUCCGCUACGAAGGCGCGAGCACGUCUGAGCCCACGACUUCGCAAGACACCUCGGUCAACGGGUUGAUCAACGAGGUCAAUUUGCAUCCCUUAGUCAACCCUGGUGCUCCCGGUGGCGCAUUCAUUGGUGGCGCUGAUGUCCAGUUGAAUUUGGUUUUGGCACGUAAUGCGGCAACAGGGAAAUUCACGAUCAACGGCGUAGCAUUCGUUCCGCCCACUGUCCCUGUCCUGCUCCAGAUUUUGUCUGGCGCACAAAACGCACAGUCGCUGCUACCCACUGGCUCGGUCUACGCGCUCCCACACUUUGCGACGGUGGAAAUCACCCUCGCAGGAGGCGCGCCUGGUGGUGGUCAUCCGUUCCAUUUGCACGGACACGCUUUUGACGUCAUCCGCGCUGCUGGAAGCACCACGUACAACUACGUCAACCCUGCCCGCCGUGAUGUCGUGAACAUCGGAGUCGCGGGUGACAAUGUCACGAUCCGGUUCUUCACGGACAACCGCGGACCGUGGUUCCUCCACUGCCACAUCGACUGGCACUUGGAAGCCGGUUUCGCAGUCGUGAUGGCCGAGGACGUUGCCGACUGGCAGUCGCAGCUGAUCCCGACUUCGGAGUGGAACCAAUUGUGUCCUAUCUACAACGCGCUUCCGGCCUCGAUCACCUCUCAUGCUGCUUGA